AUGAAACGAUUCGGCCUACUCUGGCUUUUUGUCACUUCUUCAUUAGCAUACGAUGAUCGUUAUGCGAAAGAUUAUGGAACACGAGAUUAUAGUGUGGAUGAACAAACAAUUGCUUCGUAUCCUAGAUCAGUGACGCAUACAUUUCCAAAUCGUACACAAUGCUUGGAACUAUGUGAAUUACCAUGUACUAUUACUAAUGUCUAUUUGGAAAGUCGUAAUAUUGAAAUGUACAACUGUGUAAAACUUCGACCACCAAAGGUGUCAAUGCUUGGAUCUAUAAAGGCGAAUUCAUUCUAUAUGACAUUACUAGUACUUGGUGUGAUCACGAUAUCAAUAGUAUUCUUUAUAACUCUGUGUUUUUGUUGUUCGUAUUGUUGUCGACAACCAGUUAGUAGCCGUGGAUCGUCUAAGGAUGCACUAAAUCCAGCUGAUGAUGGCGAAUUUCGAGAAUACCUCACUGAACCGGAUGUCGGCGCCAUACGAAAAGAACGUGAUUUCUCAAGAAGACCUCGUGUUACACCACAAGUUGUCUAA